CUUGGGACUCAACCGCUGUCCUCAGCUCCGAGUCCCGGGCGAGCGCGGAGCGACUACGGGACGAGCACUUGGGCGCGCGCUAGGGCGGCCGGCGGCACGCGGGGCAUGAACCUGGAAGGUGGUGGCCGAGGCGGAGAGUUCGGCAUGAGCGCGGUGAGCUGCGGCAACGGGAAACUCCGCCAGUGGCUGAUUGACCAGAUCGACAGCGGCAAGUACCCGGGGCUGGUGUGGGAGAACGAAGAGAAGAGCAUCUUCCGCAUCCCCUGGAAGCACGCCGGCAAGCAGGACUACAACCGCGAGGAGGACGCCGCUCUCUUCAAGGCUUGGGCACUAUUUAAAGGAAAGUUCCGAGAAGGAAUUGAUAAGCCAGACCCUCCUACCUGGAAGACACGUUUAAGAUGUGCUUUGAACAAGAGCAACGACUUUGAGGAAUUGGUGGAGAGGAGCCAGCUGGACAUCUCAGACCCAUACAAAGUGUACAGGAUUGUUCCUGAGGGAGCCAAAAAAGGAGCAAAGCAGCUCACCCUGGAGGACCCACAGAUGACCAUGAACCAUCCCUAUACCAUGGCAGCACCUUACACCCCACUCCCAACCCAGCAGGUUCAUAACUACGUGAUGCCACCCCUUGACCGAAGCUGGAGGGAUUAUGUCCCUGAUCAGCCACACCCGGAAAUCCCGUAUCAAUGUCCCAUGCCAUUUGGACCCCGCAGCCACCACUGGCAAGGCCCAGCUUGUGAAAAUGGUUGCCAGGUGACAGGAACCUUUUAUGCUUGUGCCCCACCUGAGUCCCAGGCUCCUGGAAUCCCCACAGAGCCAAGCAUAAGGUCUGCCGAAGCCUUGGCGCUCUCAGAUUGCCGACUGCACAUCUGCCUGUACUAUCGGGAAAUCCUGGUGAAGGAGCUGACCACGUCCAGCCCUGAGGGCUGCCGGAUCUCCCACGGACACACCUACGAUGCCAGCAACCUGGACCAGGUUCUUUUCCCCUACCCAGAAGACAAUGGCCAGAGGAAGAACAUCGAAAAGCUGCUGAGCCACCUGGAGAGGGGCGUGGUGCUCUGGAUGGCCCCUGACGGGCUUUACGCUAAGAGACUGUGCCAGAGCAGGAUCUACUGGGACGGGCCCCUGGCGCUGUGCAGCGAUCGGCCCAACAAACUGGAGAGAGACCAGACCUGCAAGCUCUUUGACACCCAGCAGUUUCUGUCAGAGCUGCAAGCAUUUGCUCACCACAGCCGCCCCCUGCCAAGAUUCCAGGUGACUCUCUGCUUUGGAGAGGAGUUUCCAGACCCUCAGAGGCAAAGGAAACUCAUCACUGCUCAUGUGGAACCUCUGCUCGCCAGACAACUAUAUUAUUUUGCUCAGCAAAACAGUGGACAUUUCCUGAGAGGCUACGAUAUGUCCGAACAUAUCAGCAGUCCUGAGGAUUACCACAGAUCUAUCCGCCAUUCCUCUAUUCAAGAAUGAAAAACAUCAAGACAAGUGAUUUUGUUUUGUUGUAAAUAUUUGACCGCUGACUGACUGCCCUCUUUUUUGUUUUGAGGAGCUCAGUGAUGGGAGUUUGGUUCAGCAGUUAAGGAACCCCAUAUUAAAAAUAUGUAUAGAAAAUUGGCUGCAUCUGAUUGACAGAUGAGCUUAUUUCCAAAAGAAGGACAGUCUUCCUCCUCUCCUAAGAGAAUGACUGCUCUGUUCUGUAGACUGCCAUCAUGGAUGAUGGAUGUGUGAAAAUUGAUCAAACAAUACGUUUACAUUUUCUUAAAGUACUCUCUUUAAUUUGGUGAUUAGUUCUUGCUGAAAGAUUAAGAAAAUGUAUUCAGUAUUGACCACUGCCUGCAGUGAUAAUUGUGCUUAGGUAUUAUUGUACCAUUUCUCAGGGAAGUAAAGUCUAAAUUAGAAACAACUCUGUCCACAAAAGAAAGGUGUUAAUGUCUGCAAGAGCUGUAGUUCUUGUGGAAAAUGCUUGCUGAGUGAAGGAAACUGAAUCUUUGACUGAGGUCCAGCCACGGUGCCUGCAGCCAUGGGGUGGUCCAUCCUCCCAUUUGCCAGGGGUCUACUGGGGUGCCCUUCUUUGCCUCUCAUUUGCCUCCUCUCCUUGAUCUCUCCUGGAAGCAAGUUGGCAAACUCUUGCUAUUUUCUUGAGCCAAAAAGCAUUAUGGUCACUCUUGGAUGUUCUGCUCUCUAGUGAUAUUUAAGUAACGGUUACAAGUUUGGGUGGUUGUUCUUUGUCUUUUUGUCUCCCAUUAUUUAGAAAUGAUAGAAGAGCUAGAAGAAAGAAAAGAUAGAAGAGCAACAGUCCAAGUACUAAAGAUAUAUUUUUAAAAUGUUAGGCCAUUUCCCUCUUCUGUUUGUUUGGCUCUCGGUCAGUUAUCCAUGGCAACACUAAAGAGGAGGAGCCAGUGACUCUCAGGUUGGUGAGCUGUCAGGACACGGGAGGGCAGGAUUUAACUGAUUGCGUAACUGCAGACUCAGGGGCUGUUUCUGCUUAUUUAGUAUAUUAUAUGCUUCCUCAUGCCAAUAAUAGUUUGACCAGGCCUUAAAAUUCCUGGGCUUUUUCCAAAUACAUCUUUUUAUAGAAUCCCAAAUAUCCCUAUUUGCUUAAGAAAAUCUGAUCACUUACAUUUUUGCUGUUUAUUUUGGAAAGUACAGCAGUUUAGAUGGGGUGUCACGCUGCAAUAUUUUUUUCAUACUAAAAAAUAAUUGCUGUUACUUCCAGGCUCUGCAAAAGAUUUGAUAGUUCUCAAAUAUAUGCCACUCCUAUUCUCACCUAUAUUUUUAAAUUCAUUCAACAAGCGCAUCUUAAAUUCCUACUGUGUCCCUCGUUUUAGGUUAUAGCCUCGAUCAGCUUUAUAACUAAUGAACCACUAGAAUGUCUUGAUUUUUUUUUUUGUUUUUUACUUUUUAAAAGGGGUUUUCAAUUCCAAAGGAAUACAUACUAACUAAAGACAGUAUAAACAGUAUUAAAGAACAUCUCCUUUUUUCCCCAGCCAAAAUUCUUCUCUCUAGAAGUGCCCAUAAGAAGAGUUCAGUUUCUUCUUCUGACACAUUUCACUUUUCUAUAAAUAUCCAUACACUUGGCCAGGCAUGGUGGCUUACACAUAUAAUCCCAGCACUUUGGGAGGCCAAGGCAGGAGGAUCACUUGAGGCCAGGAGUUGAACAAUACAAAUGGAAAAUGCUGUGAACAAUACAGACCUUGUUUCUACAAAAAACACAAAAACUAGCCAGCAUAGUGGGUGCCUGUAGUCCUACCUACUCUGAAGGCUGAGGAAGGAGAAUCGCUGGAGUCCAGGAUUUCCAGGCUGCAGUGAGCUAUGAGCAGGCCACUGCGCUCCAGCCUGGGUGAGAGCAUCUUGCACAUACUUUUAUGCAGCAAAGAUUUACCGCAUCUUUUCAGAGGCAAUGUGCCCAGGGGGUUUAGUAGCCACUUAACAGGGAUAUGUUUUGGGAGCAGCUAGUGUCUCAUAAACUGCAGUAAUUUAUACAUCUUAUAGAUGCAAAGAAUUUUGGGAUAUAUUAUCCUCAGGGAAGAAGAUGAAAUUAGGAACUGUAGUUUCAUGGGCCCCUGCAUAUGGCCCUCUUCAGGGGAGAAGAUUUCCGUCUGUCUGACACUUCAGAGAAACUUUCUUGGAAGUCUGUUCCAGGAGCGCUGUGUUCUCUCACUUCUCUGUAAAUGCUUUUGCUGCUGUUGUUUCAUGUUACAUGUUUUAAGAGUGAAGUUGCAUUUUCUGGAACUUGUUGGCUUUGGCUACUACCUCCUUUUUUGUCUGUAUACUGAGAUACCUCGAGUUUUUAUGUUUGUUUGUUUUAAUUUUGAGGGAUCCAGAAGCAUCCAUUCACCCUAGGGAAUGAACUAAGUAUGAAAUUAUCAGGGUUCUCAGGAAUUUAUUCUUGUCUUGAAUAAAGUGGGUUUGAUGAACUAGAAUUUAGCAUCUACUCAAUGGAAAAUGUAGCUGAAAAGUUUGAAUAGUUGUCAUGGUCAAGAGCUCUGGGUCACAGGGAAGAAAAUUUUCACGUCUCAUGGGAGUGUGCUCUUGGCUUUUUUCUUGUUCUUGGGAUUUCAUAUAUUUAGCAAAAUCUCAAGCAAUCAUUAAUAUCUUCUGGAACACUAUAGAGAACCAAGUGACCAACUUGUUUUCAAAUGAAACCUUGGGACUCCCUGAGUCCCAGGACUGUUAGUUACCCUAAAAAGGACCCCACUAGACUGUUGGGUUUGAGUUAGAGCCUGCUCUAUGAUGUGGAAAAAAAUAUAAAAUCCUAUAGAGGAAUGUGGUUAUCACCUAAGUGCAGGUAUCUGCCUCGAGUUUGUGUUUAAAGAAAAGUGAUGUUUGGGUUCAGGCCUAAAUGAGGCUAAAUCUCAGAGCUGGAAUGACUCUGGGAGUCUUUGGCUGCUCACAUGUCCUGUUCUGGUUGAUGUGCUGUACCAGGAAGGCCAUGGUGGGAGCAUCAGCUACUUUAUUAGUAAAAAUCCAGAUAAUUUAAAUACUUUUUGUUCCAAUUGGAUCACACUUCUUCCCUCUCCCAAGGGCAAAAGUUCUAAAAGUGGUGAGAUUCCUAAGGUCUAUGUUUGUAUCACACAUCUCCCCAGAGCAUUUGUCCCUACUGACUGCAGCCUUCUAAAUGUUGCAUUAAGGCUCUCUUACCAUAUGUAUCAUUUUGCAGGUUGCUUUUUCCCCAACCCUGUCUUUGAGACUGAUCCCUGGUCAAUGUAUGUGGAUCUCAUACUUACUUCCCUUGCCAACUGUGGCUGAGUGGCCUGUCACAUGAAUGCAGUGAUGGCUGAUUUUCCUGCUAUUUAUUUUCUUUUUUUAUUUGAGAUUACUAUGAAGGUACAUCCUAUUAGGUUAUAUAAUUUACCAUGUAAGGUUAAAGCCUGAGUUAUAGCUGUGUCCUACACCCAGGGACUGUGCCAUAUAUCCACGUAUUAUACCCACUGGGUGGGAACCUGCUGAGUCCCCUCCACUCUCUGCCCUUUUGAACUUAAAUGAGACUUUUUCUCCUAUGAGUCUGUGAUUGUUAAUCUUCUAGUUUCAAAUUGAUAUUGAGUACAGGUGCCUGUAGUUCCAGAUACUAGGGAGGCUGAGGCAAGAGAAUCUCUUAAUCCUAAGAGUUUGAGGUUGCUAUGAGCUGUGACACCACGCCACUCUACACAGGGCAACGGCUUGAGGCUCUGUCUCAAAAAUAAAUAAAUAAAUAAAUAAAAAAUAAAAUAAAAAUAAAGUUCCCUGAUAUUGAGUACUCGAGGUGCUUGUUUUAACAAUCUUGUGUUACUUAGGAGAAUGUUCUCUAGUUUGUUGCAAAUGACGAUAAAUUGCCCCUCUUUUUAUGCCUGAGUAGUGUGACAUGGUAUACAUAUAUCACAGUUCAUUAAUCUAUUCAUGUAUGUAUGGGGCACUUGAGUUGGUUCCACAUUUUUCCAUUGUGAGCUGCUAGGAACAUUCGAGUGCAAAUGUCCUUGUGGUAAAAUGUCUUUUUUUUCAUUUGAGUAAUGAAAAAAAGUAGUGGAAUUACAGGGUCAGAUGUUUCCUGCUAUUUAUUUUCACUGCUUCUAGGAAGAUGCUCAUCAAGUGUAGCUGCAGUGGAGGAGAAGAGAAAGGAGAUGUGAGACAGAGAAGAGACAGGCCAGCAGGCCAAUGCUCCUUCAGUACAAAUGCUUCCUACUUAGGGGUCUUUCAGGUAGCGCAGGUCACUUCCCCUCCUCAUCCUCCCUCGCACCCCCUCUUUAUGGCAGUGGCCUGCUAGUGGGUAGCACCUGCCAGGUCCCCUAACUGACACCAGUGUCCUGAUGGCUCUGCUGGUUGUCAGUACUCACAGGCGAUGAACAUUCUGUGGAUACUUCCUAUACCAUCAAUGUUUAUGUAAAUUACCUUUCCGAUUAGAUUUGCAUGUUUGAUAAACUUAUGUUUUUAGGUCAUGAAUAAAAACUGUAAAUAAAUAUUUUUAGU